GUGAGGACCAGUCUCUGCUGACGAGCCCACACUCUAUCACCUGCUCUGCGUCAUGAAGGUCCCUACGGCUGCCCUUGCUGUCCUUCUCUGCACCAUGGCUCUCUGGAGUGAAGUCUUCUCUGCACCAUAUGGUGCUGACACCCCAGUCUCCUGCUGCUUCUCCUAUGGCCGGCAGAUUCCCCGCAAAUUUGUCGCUGACUAUUUUGAGACCAGCAGCCAGUGCUCUGAGCCAGGUGUCAUCUUCCUAACCAAGAGAAACCGGCAGGUCUGCGCUGACCCCAAUGAAACCUGGGUCCAAGAAUACAUCACUGACCUGGAGCUGAAUGCCUGAGAGGCUUGGAGGCAGCGAGGAACCCAGAAACCUCCAUGGGCCUUGUGGGGAGCCAGGACCUAAGCCUCAGGAACGUCCCCGCCACCUCUACAGCUCCAUCUCCUGCAAGCUGUUUGCUGCCAAGUAGCCACACCCAGGGACUCUUAACUUGAAUUUUAAUUUAAUUUAAUACUAUUUAAUUUUGUAAUUUAUUUUAUUGUCACACUUGUGUUUGUGACUCUUUGUUCUGAAGACCUCAGGGCACUUCCCAAUACCCAUUCCCCACCCCCCCCCCCUUGCUCAGACUGUGUCUAGUGACAGCAAAGUGGCUGUCACCAGCCUGUUCUGUCUAGCUAGGCGUGGUGACAAGGUGACAAACUGACAAGUAAACAAUGGAUGCUUUGUCUAUA